UCUCUCCAACAUGGCGCAGGAGGCAGGUUGUUAACGGCGAGCUGAGGGAUUUACCCCACCUUCUGUAUUUAUUUAUGUUUGCCAGGACUGGACUCUGCGGCUGACAUUUCUGAAGGAAUACAUCUCCAUUCGAGGCGGCUGCAGCCCCCCCUCAACCCCCCUGCCUUGGGUCCGGGCAACUCCUCGCUCCAAAUUCCGUCGCGACAUGUAUGAGGGGAAAAAGACGAAAAACAUGUUCCUCACACGAGCUUUGGAAAAGAUCUUGGCCGACAAGGAGGUGAAAAAGGCUCACCAUUCCCAGCUGCGCAAAGCCUGCGAGGUGGCUCUGGAGGAAAUCAAGGAGGAAUCCAAAAAAUUAAGUCCACCCAGUGGAGAUGGCAAAUCUGGCUCCAGCACUUUACCGCCAAUCAAAUCGAAGACAAACUUCAUUGAAGCCGACAAAUACUUCUUGCCUUUUGAGCUAGCUUGUCAGUCCAAAUGUCCCCGCAUCGUCAUCACCUCCCUCGACUGUUUACAGAAGCUGAUAGCAUAUGGCCACCUGACGGGCAGCGCCCCGGACAGCACGGCUCCGGGCAAGAAGCUCAUCGACAGGAUCAUCGAGACCAUCUGUGCUUGUUUUCAAGGACCUCAGACUGAUGAGGGUGUGCAGCUACAGAUUAUUAAGGCUCUGCUGACGGCCGUGACCUCCCAGCACAUAGAAAUCCAUGAAGGUACCGUGCUGCAGGCCGUCCGCACCUGCUACAACAUCUACUUGGCCAGCAAGAACCUCAUCAACCAGACGACGGCGAAGGCCACGCUCACACAGAUGCUCAACGUCAUCUUCGCUCGCAUGGAGAACCAGGCACUACAGGAAGCGAAGCAGCUUGAGAGAGAUCGGCACCGCCAGCACUCCCCAGUCACCCAGCACGCUGAGCCAGAAUCCCCGCAGCUCCAGACCCCUGUUCACCCGCCCGCCAAGACUUCGACCCAGCAGGCCAACGGGCCCGUCAGCCCUCGGACCCCGAGCAUCACCUUCCCAUCCACUCCGUCCACCCCAACCACCCCCUCGACACUGGCCCCGGAGUCCAGCAGCAGGUCUGUGUCCGGGGAGCAGGAGGAGCAGGGGCCUGUCUACGAGAACCCGGAUCCUGAGAACGGUUCUGAGUUCUGUGCGGUUGAAAAUGAGCAGACAGAGGCGGACCAAGCCACCGCAGCAGCAGCACAGACAUCCAAACAGCAUGAACGAGCAGGUGAGGAGGAAGAGGAGGUCCUAAACUAUGAAGAGAAAGCCCAGGAAAUAGUUCAGAGUAUUCUGCAGGAGGUGGUCAACACAGUUGCAGCAGGCCAGAAAUGUCUGUGACAUCCAAAGUCUGCUAGCGAGCCGGCUGAGCCGCAGCCCACUGAGCCGGCGACGGAGGAAAUCCAGAGCUCGCUGGAGGACGAGGGCACCGUGGGGAGCGACAGUGAGCAUGUCCACGCCAACGGCAUUCCCGGCACGCCCAUCUCCGCCAUCUUCACGCCCUCAUUGCCUGAUGAUAGGCUGUCUCUGUCCUCCACUGACACUCAGGAAUCAGGAGCGACACCGGGACAGCCGCCAGGCGCUAAAUUCUCCCACAUCCUGCAGAAAGAUGCUUUCCUCGUCUUUCGCUCGCUCUGCAAGCUGUCGAUGAAGCCGCUUUCAGACGGACCGCCUGAUCCAAAGUCCCACGAGCUGCGCUCGAAGGUGCUGUCCCUUCAGCUCUUGCUGUCGAUCCUGCAGAACGCCGGGCCCAUCUUUAAAACCAACGAGAUGUUUAUAAACGCCAUCAAACAGUACCUGUGCGUGGCUCUGUCCAAGAAUGGCGUCUCCUCCGUGCCUGAGGUCUUCGAGCUUUCACUCUCCAUCUUCCUCACGCUGCUCUCCCACUUCAAGACGCACCUCAAGAUGCAAAUCGAGGUGUUCUUCAAAGAGAUUUUCCUGUAUAUUCUUGAGACGUCCACAAGCUCCUACGACCACAAGUGGAUGGUCAUACAGACCCUCACCAGAAUAUGUGCAGAUGCCCAGAGUGUGGUGGACAUCUAUGUGAACUAUGAUUGUGACUUGAAUGCUGCUAACAUUUUUGAACGUUUAGUCAACGACCUCUCAAAGAUCGCACAGGGCCGAGGAGGCCACGAGCUCGGCACAACGCCUCAACAGGAGCUGACGCUGAGGAAGAAAGGCCUUGAAUGUCUGGUGUCCAUCCUGAAAUGUAUGGUGGAGUGGAGCAAAGACCAGUACGUCAACCCAAACUCCCAGACCAGCCUCGGCCAGGAAAAGCCUUCAGAACAGGAAAGCACGGAGUCCAAGGCCUCCGAAACCAUAAACCGCUAUGGGAGCAUCAAUUCUUUGGACUCCACCGCCUCAUCUGGAAUCGGUAGCUACAGCACGCAGAUGUCAGGAACUGAUAACCCCGAGCAGUUUGAAGUCCUCAAACAGCAGAAGGAGAUCAUCGAACAGGGGAUCGACCUGUUUAACAAAAAACCAAAGAGAGGAAUCCAGUACCUUCAAGAGCAAGGUAUGCUGGGUACCACCCCGGAGGACCUGGCUCAGUUUUUGCACCAGGAAGAGAGGCUCGAUUCGACUCAGGUGGGAGAGUUUCUCGGGGAUAAUGACCGCUUCAACAAAGAGGUGAUGUACGCCUACGUGGAUCAGAUGGACUUCCAGGGCAAAGAUUUUGUUUCUGCACUGAGGAUCUUCCUGGAGGGCUUUCGGCUCCCCGGCGAGGCACAAAAGAUCGACCGGCUCAUGGAGAAAUUUGCAGCCAGAUACCUAGAAUGCAACCAGGGCCAAACCCUCUUCGCCAGCGCUGACACUGCAUAUGUUCUCGCCUACUCAAUCAUUAUGUUGACAACAGACCUUCACAGUCCACAGGUAAAGAACAAAAUGACAAAAGAGCAGUACAUCAAGAUGAACCGUGGCAUCAACGACAGCAAAGACCUGCCAGAGGAGUAUCUCUCAGCCAUUUAUGAUGAGAUUGCAGGGAAGAAGAUCGCCAUGAAGGAGACUAAAGAGCUGACCAUGAAGUCCAACAAGCAAAGUGUGGCCAGCGAGAAGCAGAGGCGUCUGCUGUACAACGUGGAGAUGGAGCAAAUGGCCAAGACAGCCAAAGCUCUGAUGGAGGCCGUCAGCCACGUCCAGGCUCCUUUCACCAGCGCCACACACCUGGAACACGUCAGGCCCAUGUUCAAGCUGGCGUGGACGCCAUUCCUGGCUGCUUUCAGCGUGGGUCUGCAGGACUGCGACGACACCGACGUGGCCUCGCUGUGUCUGGAAGGAAUCCGCUGUGCCAUCAGGAUAGCGUGCAUCUUCUCCAUACAGUUGGAGAGGGACGCGUACGUGCAGGCUCUGGCGAGGUUCACCCUGCUGACGGCAAGCUCAGGCAUCUCGGAAAUGAAGCAGAAGAACAUCGACACCAUCAAGACCCUCAUCACUGUGGCUCACACCGAUGGCAACUACCUGGGCAACUCCUGGCACGAGAUUCUGAAGUGCAUCAGUCAGUUGGAGCUGGCUCAGCUGAUUGGUACGGGGGUGAAGGCGCGCUACAUCUCAGGGACGGUGAGGGGCAAAGAGGGCUUUAUUGCGAGCACGAAGGAGCAGAGCAGCGACGAGUACCUCGGUUUAGUUGGAGGAACGGUGGACCGUAAGCAGAUCGCCAGCAUUCAGGAGUCUAUUGGGGAGACGAGCUCUCAGAGUGUGGUGGUAGCUGUGGACAGGAUAUUCACAGGUUCCACCAGACUAGAUGGAAAUGCAAUAGUGGAUUUUGUGCGCUGGCUGUGUGCCGUGUCCAUGGAUGAGCUGGCCUCGCCUACACAUCCACGUAUGUUCAGCCUGCAGAAGAUAGUUGAGAUCUCGUACUACAACAUGGGGCGCAUCAGGCUGCAGUGGUCCAGGAUCUGGGAGGUCAUCGGAGACCACUUUAACAAGGUUGGUUGUAAUCCCAAUGAAGAUGUAGCAAUUUUCGCCGUGGAUUCUCUCAGGCAGCUGUCCAUGAAGUUCUUGGAGAAAGGGGAGCUGGCCAACUUCAGGUUCCAGAAGGACUUUCUGAGGCCUUUCGAGCACAUCAUGAAAAAGAACCGGUCUCCCACCAUCAGAGACAUGGUGGUACGCUGCAUCGCCCAGAUGGUUAACUCCCAGGCGGCAAACAUCCGCUCAGGCUGGAAGAACAUCUUCUCAGUCUUCCACCUGGCUGCAUCUGACCAGGACGAGAGCAUCGUGGAGCUGGCCUUCCAGACCACCGGGCAUAUCGUCACGAAUGUAUUCGAAAAGCACUUUCCGGCGACGAUCGACUCCUUCCAGGAUGCCGUCAAGUGUCUGUCGGAGUUCGCCUGCAACGCCUCUUUUCCAGACACCAGCAUGGAAGCCAUCCGCCUCAUCCGCCACUGCGCCAAAUACGUCUCAGAGAGGCCACAGGCCUUUAAGGAUUAUACCAGUGAUGACAUGAAUGUAGCACCUGAGGACCGUGUUUGGGUGCGAGGAUGGUUCCCGAUCCUCUUUGAGCUCUCCUGCAUCAUCAACAGGUGUAAACUGGAUGUCAGGACCAGGGGGCUCACGGUGAUGUUCGAAGUGAUGAAGACCUACGGGCACACCUUUGAGAAACACUGGUGGCAGGACCUGUUCAGGAUUGUCUUCAGGAUCUUUGACAACAUGAAGCUGCCUGAGCAACAAACUGAGAAAGCAGAGUGGAUGACCACCACAUGCAACCAUGCACUUUAUGCCAUCUGUGAUGUCUUCACCCAAUACUUUGAGUCGCUCAAUGGCCUCCUGUUGGACGAUAUCCUGGCUCAGCUGUACUGGUGUGUGCAGCAAGAUAAUGAGCAGCUCGCCCGUUCAGGCACCAACUGUCUAGAGAACGUGGUCAUCCUGAACGGGGAGAAGUUCUCCCUCGAGACCUGGGACAAAACGUGUAACUGCAUGUUGGACAUCUUCAAGACCACAAUCCCUCAUGCGCUGCUAACAUGGAGACCAGAGGGAGAGCACUUCACAACACAUAGUCUGUCUGAUAAACAGCUGGACUCAAUUUCCCAGAAGUCCUUGGACAUUCAGUCCCGCUCUGACGAUCAGCAUUCCAUCAGCAGCGCUGACAGGGUCGCUGUGGAGAACCGUCGUCAGAGCCAGCACAGCUCGACCUCCGGCGUCUGUGAGGACAUUCUGAGGAGCAGGAACCUGACAAAGAUCCAGGAGCAGCGCUUAUUUUCGGCUCUGCUGAUAAAGUGCGUCGUGCAGCUGGAGCUCAUCCAGACCAUCGACAACAUUGUGUUCUUCCCUGCCACCAGUAAGAAAGAAGAUGCCGAGAACUUCGCUGCUGCUCAGCGGGAUGCAGUGUGUGCGACAGAUGUCCAGGUGGAGACCCAGGACCAGGGGAUGUACCGCUAUCUGACCUCAGAGCAGCUUUUCAAGCUGCUGGACUGCCUGCUGAAGUCUCAUUGCUUUGCCAAGGCUUUCAACUCCAACAACGAGCAAAGAACUUUACUGUGGAAAGCAGGUUUCAAAGGAAAGUCGAAGCCCAACCUCUUGAAGCAGGAGACCAGCAGUCUGGCAUGUGGGCUGCGCAUUCUGUUCCGUAUGUACACGGACGAGAGGCGACGGGACGCCUGGGAGGAGGUCCAGAGACGACUGCUCAAUGUGUGCAGUGAGGCUGUAGCGUACUUCCUGGCUCUGACAUCAGAAAGUCACAGAGAGGCCUGGACCAACCUGUUGCUCCUCUUCCUCACUAAGGUGCUGAAGAUCAGCGAUGAAAGGUUCAAGGCCCAUGCAUCCAGAUAUUAUCCUCUCCUGUGUGAGAUCAUGCAGUUCGACCUGAUCCCUGAGCUCCGAGCCGUUCUGAGGAAGUUCUACCUGCGGAUCGGCAUCGUCUUUCAUAUCGCACAGCUGCCUGAGCCAGAGCCUGAACCGGGCCCCGAGCAGGGCCAGGUUGAGCCAGAAACAGAGACGGAGGUGGGGGAGGAGGCUGGUGAGGAGGCGCAGUGAUGCUGCACCUCAAAAACAACUCUACUGAGGCCCCCUUCGCAGAUCUGUGUGGCCGUGCAGUGCCUCCUCAGGACCCUCCGCGUGUUUCACGUCAAACACUUUAAGAGUUGAUUAUUGAUCAACUGUCUGCUCACACCCCGUCACCGCACACAAAGAGCCCAGAUGGAGUCGGCGUCGUGACAAAAACAUCUCGCACCAGAUGUAGCGACACCUCCACUAACCACCGAUCAACAGUAUCUCUGAUCUGAAGGAGCAUAUGUCAACAUGUGUGUGCUUCUUACUGUAUAUUUAAAAGUGAAUGAUCUCAACAUGCAAAACUACAAACUCGACUAUGAAAUUCAUCACGAGUGUAUAAAACCAUCCCUGUUUGCACCACAGAUGGCUAACGUCAGUACUGAUAGCCUCUUGGAUGAAACUAGCUGUACAGAUCUAUGUAAAAUAAUCCUAUAACACUAGAUUUACUUUAUUUUUGUUUAUUUUUCCUC